GGGAAAAUGCAUGUACGAGUUUGGAGGCAGUCCUCUCUCCAUUGGAGAUUUUUAUAAAAAAAAUUCAAGAGAAAGCGUCCAAACACACACAAGACACUGCACCAUUAGCCAGUGUUAUUGUUUACACCGAUGUUGAAUGCGUAGGCAGCGGGAGGGGGAGAGGCUCCUCCAGUUGGUUCAGUGAUCACUCCCCGGUUCCCUUCCGACGGCUCCAUCGAUGGCAGCCUCCUGAAACCUCUAGCUGGAGAACCACCAUGCAAAUAUAUUCACCAAGCAGCUUAUGUUUCGGAUUGGUUCGUUGAUUAUAGAACGCUAUAAAGAUGCCUGAGGUGCGGGACCUUAACGAAGCUCUGCCAGAGAUGCCAAUGGACCCAAUCACUGGAGUCGGGGUCGUAGCUUCCAGGAACAGGGCACCCACUGGAUAUGAUGUGGUCUCUACAACAACAGACGGCCUGGAUGCUGACCUGUGGAAAGAUGGCCUUUUCAAAUCCAAGGUGACCCGUUACCUCUGCUUCACAAGGGCCUUCUCUAAAGAAAAUAGCCAUUUAGGGAACGUUCUUGUGGACAUGAAGCUGAUCGAUAUCAAGGACACCCUGCCUGUGGGUUUCAUCCCGAUCCAGGAGACUGUUGACACUCAGGAGCAGGCCUUCAGGAAGAGGCGUCUCUGCAUUAAGUUUAUUCCACGGGACUCAACAGAGGCAGCCAUCUGUGACAUCCGCAUCAUGGGACGCUCCAAGCGCCCCCCUCAAUACACCUUUAUAGGAGAGCUCAACAACAUGGGAAUCUGGUAUCGCAUGGGGAACGUACCUCGGGCCCAGGACUCCACACAUACACCAACUACCAACAACAUCCAGAAUGUGAACUCCUCCUCCAGCUCAGCCCCAGUCCCAGCUGCUCCGAUGCUCAAACAUAUUUCCAUGACCCUCCCAGCCAGCUUCAGAGGGAAGAACACUACCAGACCAGACUAUGAGCACCAGAACUCCAACCUGUAUGCUAUCUCAGCAAUGGACGGAGUGCCUUUCAUGAUCUCUGACAAGUUUGCCUGUGCCUCAUCCGAUCUGCAGCAGGUGGACCUGAUGGGCAUUACAAUCAAGUCAUUGGCUGAGAUUGAGAAAGAGUAUGAUUACAGUUUCCGCACGGAGCACAGUGCAGCAGCUCGCCUCCCCCCCAGUCCCACGAGGACCUCCCUGAGCUCUGAGGCCUGAGGGUCCCCCUCCUAACACCCUCCCAUCAGCAGGAGAGGCCUGUACACAACUACUGAGGACCUGCCCACAACAAACAGUCCCUGAGAAGAAAAGAAGAAAAACUACCAAAAAAAUGAUUUUUCCCAACUUUUGGAUGACGUCAUUGUCUCUUUAGUGUUAGUUGUGCUGUUGAAUUGUAAAGUGAAACUGAAAACACUGAGAGAAAGAGACACAACACUGAGGGACUCUGGGACUGGCUGAAACCACUACCAACAAGAACAUGUGGGCAGGCUUUUAGGAUGAGAUGGGGAAAAAACAGACCUUUCCCACUCAAGGGAAUUGAAAGGAAUCUCACUCGUAAGAUUUUAAAAUACAUUUUCUUUUCUGAAAACAAUGGAGUUUUGUUACCUGCAAUACGAAAGACCACAUCUGACCUGAAGGACUUGUUACAAACGAGAUAAAAGGAUACUUCUGACGGAGGGCAACCGUUGCCGAGUCUGAGAGCAGUCAUCAUGUUUGCAUCAUCGAGGGCAAAAUCAUCCCUGUAAAUACAAAAGGAAAUAUCAUGGUAGCAUUUUUUUUUCUCAAGCUUUUACUUCCUAUUUUAAUUGGGAACGAUUCUCAUUGUUACCUUGAUGUUACUGUUAAUAUACUGGCGUGACUGUGAGUGCACUUUGUGUUUGGGAAUUUCAGUGUGCUUCCUGUUUGCCACAGAUAUUCUGUUAACCACUCCUCCACUGUCUGUACAUGAGCCGAGCUGGGCUUCACUAUAGAACCACUGUUACUGUUAAUAGGUUACACUGCUGGACCUCAUAUGCUACUAUUCUUAUGAUUUUUGUCAACCAUUGCUAAUAUAUUGUCUGGCUUUUCUUUUUUUUUUUUUUUUUUUUUUAGAGCUGGGUGUCAUUUGAGCUUUUGUACCUAUAACAUACUUUUUUUUUUUAAUACCUUACUUUGAAUUACUAUGACUAUAAACAUGUUUAUAAAAAGAAAGAACAAAAUCAUGGAAAGAGGAGCAGCUCGUUUAAUCUUAAACACUCCUUAUCUUCUUCCAAAAAUGUAUUAAAAUGUACGACAAGCACAGUACAUUUCUUCAGUGUCCUUCUCCCCGUCAGGCUCAAUCCCUCUACAACUAAUGAGAGUCACUUAUGUAACCAGGGUUCUAUGAAUUCUGUCUGGCUCUGUUACACUAGCUUCCGCAUCUCUAUACAAUCUGCAGUUUACUGUCCAUGUUGAGUAUUCACUACGUUUAAAAGGAAGUUGGACAAAACCUUUGUUGUUUUGUCCAAUGUUAUUGGGGGUUUUUUUUUUGG